UGCUGAUGCAUGUGACAGAGCUACUAUACAUGAAAAACCAAGGCUUCUAAAUCAUCUCUCUCCUAAAAUCUUGACAGACUAAGAAUGGUUUACUUACAGAUUUAUCUUUAUACUGCAGUGAAGAUCGUAACUAUUGGAGUGGCAAAUCUGAUAGCUGGAUUUUUUGUCAUUUGUCAGAAUUUGGUAGACUUGAAGUAUAAUGUCGGAGGAGGUUCCAAUCUUAGUGAUCAAGCAGAUCGAUAUGGAGAGCUACUUGGCCAAAGAAAGCAUUUCCUACUUCAUGCUACUUUUGCCCUGUUGUCAUAUUUUGUAUUUGGCCUUGUCCCACCAGUAGUAUAUGGCUUCACGUUUCGUAAGAGUGACGACAGAGACUACAAGCUUAUAGCAGUUGCAGCGGCUUCUCUUUUGUGCAUUAUCAUACUUGCUGCUGCAAAGGCUUAUACACAAGGAGCAAAUAAGUUCAGUAGAUACUUCAAGACUAUUGUGUCCUAUGUUACAGCUGCAGGUAUGGCCUCAGGUGUUGGUUAUGCAGCAGGCCAUUUAAUUAAGAGGCUCAUGGAUCAGUUGGGCUGGUUUGACUCAAACCCGGCACCCUCUCUUUUUUCCUCCGAGAUGAUUUCACAAAAUCCAGUCUGGGCAUCCUAUUGACAUCUUCUCCGUGUUGUUAAAUCUUCUGUAUUUUCCUCUUCGUUCUUUGUAAGCUUUUAGUACCUCUGAGAAUUUGGCUGUUUCCUUUGGGAAUGUUGAGCGAGCGAGUGAGUUUUGGUUGUUCCUACGUGAAAUUCUGAUGAUGUUUUUGUAGCCCCUGCUUGUGCUAUUCAACUCUGUGAUAUUCUGAUGAUGUUUCUGUCGGGCUAAUUGAUUUGAAUUA